CAAUAGAUUAAGAAGCAUGUCUGAUAGUUACGCUACCAAGGAAGAAGCUCAGGCCAUUUUCAAUAAGUUGAAACAACACCCGGCUAAUCAAGUGUGUUUUGAUUGUCCAAAUAGAAACCCAACAUGGUCUUCAAUUCCGUUUGGGGUUUUAUUAUGUUUAGAAUGUUCAGCAGUUCAUAGAAAUAUGGGUGUCCAUAUUUCGUUUGUUAAGUCAACUAAUUUGGAUUCAUGGCAAAAAAUCCAAUUGAGACAUUUCAAAUUUGGUGGUAAUCAUAACGCUAAAGAGUUCUUCAUUAAGAAUGGUGGAUCUCAAUACGUUAAUAAUAAAAAUGUUGAUCUGAUUGCAAAAUAUACUAGUCCUGUUGCUAAAAAGUAUAAAGAAAAAUUGAAACAAACUGCUUUACAAGAUUCUGCUAAACAUCCAGAUACUGUUACUUUAGAUGAUUCAACUGAUAAUUUAUCAGUUCUUGAUUCUAAUUCAAAUUCAAAUAGUAAUUCAACCGAUGAUUUUUUCACCAAUUGGAAUAAACCAAUAAAUGCCACUCCAUCUCCAUUAUCUUCCAAGAAUAUCACUCCAAAUGCUUCUACUGAUGAUCUUUCAUCAGUUAACUCGAACAACUCAACUACUAAAAGACCCAUCACUACACGUACUACCACUACCUCUUCUUCUAGAUUGGCUAAUAAGAACAGUGCAACUGCCGCUAAGAAAUCAAUUUUAUCCUCUAAAGGUAAUGGUCCUCGUACUUCAAGAUUAGCUGCCAAAAAAAUUAACAAAAAUGACGAAGAAGAAAUUGAUUUCGAUGAAAUUGAAAAGAAGGCUAAAAAAGAAGCAGAAGAAGCUAAAAAAUUGGGCUAUAAUCCUCAAGUUGAAACCCCUAACACCAACGGGACUUCAAGUACUAACACUGGUGUUAGUUCUCCUUUGAAUUCAAUUACUCCUAACGAAUCUAAAAAACCAUUAUCCUUAUCAUCAUCAAAAGAUGAUUCAGCUUCGAAAGUUCCAAUCAAGGAAACUACUCAACAGUUCCAAAGAUUAGGAUUUGGAAUGGUUCAAGGUGAUAAUAAUUUAACUGAUCCAGCUAAAAAACAAUACAAAGAAGUUAAAUAUACCGGUGAAGUCUCUAAUAAAUUUGGUACUCAAAAGGGUAUUUCAUCAGAUGAAUUUUUUGGUAGGGGUCCAAGAUUUGAUGAGCAAGCUAAAAAUGAAGCUAGAGCUAAAUUACAAGCAUUCAAUGGAGCUCAAUCAAUUAGUUCAAACUCUUACUUUGGCGAAGAAGAAGGAACAAGUAAUGCAGCCCGUGGUGCUGGUAACGGAGGUCAAAGCUUGGCUGAUUUAGAAGCAAGUGCCAGAGACUUUGCUUCAAAAUUCUCUGGUAAUGCAAAUCAAGAUUUGGAUGUUUUGAAAGAUGCAUUAGAAGAUGGUGCCAAUAAGUUAGGUGGUUAUUUGAGAGAUUUUUUAAGAUAAGUUUGAUUAGUUAAAAUUUGUAAAAUAAUUGUUUAAUUCAAUAUUUUUGUAUAUUUGUAUUCAAUAAACAUCAGAG